CCCUCCGCUUCUGCCCAGGGCGGCCCGGCGCUGGGCCCGGACCAGCUCGGCCCUUGGCGGGGCGGCGGCAGCGGCGGCGUCGGGCUCGCUCAUCCCCGGCGAGGCGGCGGGCGCGUGUGCGGCGGGCGCGGGGGGCGGGCGCUCGCCCGCGCGUCCUUGGCUGCCGGCGGGCGAUGCGCUUCCUCCGCUGAGCGAGCCGCGGGCUGAGCCGGCAGGAUGACGGUGGAGUUCGAGGAGUGCAUCAAGGACUCGCCCCGGUUCCGGGCAACCAUUGAUGAAGUGGAAACAGAUGUGGUGGAGAUAGAGGCAAAGCUUGACAAGCUGGUAAAGCUAUGCAGUGGGAUGAUUGAAGCGGGCAAAGCCUACAUCACCACGAACAAGCACUUUGUCAGCGGAGUCCGGGACUUGUCGCAACAGUGCAAGAAGGAUGAAAUGAUUUCGGAGUGCCUCGACAAAUUUGGAGACAGUCUGCAGGAAAUGAUUAACUAUCACAUGAUCCUGUUUGAUCAGGCUCAGAGGUCAGUCCGGCAGCAGCUGCACAAUUUUGUGAAAGAUGAUGUCCGGAAGUUCAAGGAAACCAAGAAGCAGUUUGACAAGGUGCGAGAGGACAUGGAGAUUUCUCUGGUGAAGAAUGCCCAGGCACCUCGGCACAAGCCCCAUGAAGUGGAGGAGGCAACAGGCACCUUGACCAUAACCAGAAAGUGUUUCCGGCAUCUGGCCCUAGACUACGUGUUGCAGAUCAAUGUCCUGCAGGCCAAGAAGAAGUUUGAAAUACUGGAUGCGAUGCUGUCCUUCAUGCAUGCCCAGUACACCUUUUUCCAGCAGGGCUACAGUCUUCUCCAUGAACUGGACCCCUACAUGAAGAAACUAGCCACAGAGCUGGACCAGCUGGUGAUUGAUUCUGCAGUGGAGAAGAGGGAGAUGGAGCACAAGCAUGCACUGAUACAGCAGAGGACCCUCCUGCAGGACUUCUCCUACGAUGACUCAAAGGUGGAGUUUAAUGUUGAUGCCCCAAAUGGAGUGGUGAUGGAAGGCUACCUCUUCAAGAGAGCUAGCAAUGCUUUCAAAACGUGGAAUCGGAGGUGGUUCUCCAUACAGAACAGUCAGCUGGUGUACCAGAAAAAGCUAAAGGAUGUCCUCACGGUAGUGGUGGAAGACCUGCGGCUCUGUACUGUCAAGCCGUGUGAAGACAUAGAGAGGAGGUUUUGCUUUGAGGUCGUCUCGCCUACCAAGAGCUGCAUGCUGCAGGCUGACUCGGAGAAGCUGCGUCAGGCCUGGAUUCAGGCUGUUCAAGCUAGCAUUGCUUCUGCAUACCGUGAGAGUCCCGAUAGCUACUAUAUUGAAAGACUGGAUCGGACUGCUUCCCCGUCUACUAGCAGCAUUGAUUCUGCUACCGACUCCCGGGAGCGCAAUGUGAAGGGCGAGUCCAUCUUGCAGAGAGUGCAGAGCAUCCCUGGGAAUGACCAGUGCUGUGACUGUGGUCAGCCAGAUCCUCGCUGGGCCAGUAUCAACCUGGGCAUUCUGCUGUGCAUUGAGUGCUCUGGUAUCCACAGGAGCCUGGGUGUUCACUGUUCCAAAGUCCGAUCUCUCACACUGGACUCCUGGGAGCCGGAGUUACUGAAACUGAUGUGCGAGCUGGGGAACAGUACCAUGAAUCAGAUUUAUGAGGCACAGUGUGAAGAGCUGGGACUUAAGAAACCAACAGCAGGGAGCUCCAGGCAGGACAAGGAAGCCUGGAUCAAGGUGAAGUACGUGGAGAAGAAAUUCCUUAAGAAGCUGGCAAAUGGCGAGACUUUAACAGAGAAUGAGCGGAAACCUCGACGCUGGUGUGUGAAGAAGUGCCAGAGACACAACAGCGCCACGAAAGCACCCACGGCUCGUAGAAAGUACCGCCACGAAGCGGGCAACGCAUCACCAGCCAUGUUGUCAUCAGCAGCUACCCUGGAGAGGAAGUUCCGUCGAGAUUCCCUCUUCUGCCCUGAUGAGCUGGACUCUCUCUUCUCCUACUUUGACACUGGUGCUGGCUCCGGCCCACGCAGUCUGAGCAGUGACAGCGGGCUUGGAGGAAGCACAGAUGGCAGCACCGAUAUCCUGGUGUUUGGCUCUGUGGUGGACAGCGUGACAGAGGAAGAAUGCGAGGUGUCAGAGGAGUCAAGCGGUGAAGCAGAGAUUGAACAGGAGGCAUCAGAUUUGGAGGACCUGAGGGAGCUGCAUCCUGGCUUGUUGAUCUACAAGGCAGCGCAAGCCCGAAACCUGCCUCUCAUGGCAGAAGCACUGGCACAUGGUGCUGAGAUCAACUGGGUGAAUGACGAAGAUGAAAACAAAACUCCUCUGAUUCAAGCUGUGAUGGGGGGUUCCUUGAUAGCCUGUGAAUUCCUGCUGCAGAAUGGGGCAGAUGUUAACCAAAGAGAUAUCCGAGGCCGGGCUCCCUUGCAUCAUGCCACGUACCUAGGCCAUACUGGUCAGGUCUGCUUGUUCCUCAAGCGAGGGGCAAAUCAGCAUGCGGUGGAUGGCGACGGGCAGGACCCGCUCAGUAUUGCUGUCCAGGCAGCCAAUGCAGACAUAGUUACCUUGCUGCGUCUGGCUCGAAUGAACGAGGAGAUGCGAGAAGCAGAGGGCCCCUUUGGACAACCAGGAGAUGCUACCUACCUGGACAUCUUCCGGGAGUUCUCUCACAUGGCUUCGAACAACCCUGAGAAACUCAAAAGGAGGAGCCUACAUUUCAGCCACUCCUGCAGAUAGCUCCCUCCCUCCCUCCCGCUGCCAAGACCUUCUGCUGGACGCUCAAGCUCUGAGCUACCCGAGCUCCAGCAGCGCAGAUCAGCAGAAACGCCUGAGCAGGUGUAACAGGCAAGCUGAGCUCAGCUGCUGAAGGAAGACGUUCUCUGGUCAGACACGCUUCUCCUGGAAACCUGUGUUUUCCCUGAUGCCUGCUUUUGUGCCCUGCCCAGGAAGAUGGCAGAUGUUCUGGGGGUAAUUCCAGAAUGGGUAUGCAUUCAGACUGCAGGCUUCGGUCCCGUGCCUUGCAGUACCUGAACGCAGUUUAAAAUGAGCUAAGCUGGUCUUUUAAUUCUCAAUGCCCUUUCUACAUUGCUGUUUCUGGGGAAAAAAAUAAAUCUCCCCUUUCUGGGUGCGUGCAAACGCUAGCAUUGAUGACACUGCACCAGUGCCCACCCUUAAAAUGAAGGACAGGUAAGUGGUCCUGACCAUGGAGUAUGCCGGGAGGAGACCAAGUCCGAAGCGUUCCCAUCCUCCUGAAGGAGAAAGGCCACCCAGGACACAGCACCAGCCCACCACUAAGCCACAGGGGUCCCAGUCCCACCCAGUCCACUGCAAAACCAUCAGCCAGACGCUUCAUUUUGCUGCGUAACUCACCUCUUAAGAUACCUCCGCCACUGAGUGCUUUGAGAUGUUUGGUUUCACAUGGACCGGGAAAUAUCACACCGAUUCCGUGGAGACUUUACAAGCAAUACUGAAAAUAGAAUCUUGCUGUUUCCCUCAGGGGCUCUCUAUCUCCUGCUAGUUGUGCAUCUCACUGCUAGGAGAGUUGUACUCUUCUGUAAGGCACGGCUUUCAGUAUUAUUUUUGUCAUUUUUAUUAUUGCUGUGUCAUAGUUAACAAAAAUAAUAAAAGGUUAUGUGUGGACUAUACAGGUAUAGGCACCAUGACAUAAUAAAGUGCAUUGUCAGAAUGAUAUAUAUAAACUAUGACAUGCUGAAAUGUAAUAUAUCUUAUGGCAAAAGAAAUGUAUUUUUUUGAAAAGCUGGGAGUGAAGAAAGUCUCUCAUGCAAACAGUAUCUAUGAGCUGAGAAUAAAGACAGGAUUUUUUUUUUUAAAUUCACACACAUUUCCUCCUUCUUUCUGAUUCUAGAUCUUUACAAGCCAGUGAAGCACUUUAGUAUGAGAAGGUUUAAAAUAUGAAAUUUAUCUGGCACAGGUGUAUGGCUUGAAGAGGAAGCUAACUGAACUUUACUCCAAAGAGACACAGGAUUCUAACUCUCUCGGCAGCCCUUCUGUUUUAUCUGAUUAAGACAUGCUCUGAUUUCCUUAAUGCUAUUAACGAAACACAUUAGCAAUGUGGCAGCUUAAUAAACAUCUCAGCCCUUCUGACAAGAUGUUUCUCCUAAGAGGCAAGCCCCCGAACACCUCCCUAACCGGACAAGCAGCUGUCACAGACGCCGGGACCCCAGGAGAGAUGCAACUCGGUGAGCAUGGAGCUGCACGGUGGGAUGCGCACCCAGUGACAGGGCUGGGGUCCCCCGCCCUCGGCUGGGCAGCGGUUCGGGGUGAUGGGCUUGCAGGAGAGCAGCUGCUUCUUGGACCGCUGGCAGCCUUCUGGUCACGUUUGCAGAAGAGCUUGCCGUGCAGCUUGCAGCAGGAAAGGGACCUGAAACGACUUGCUGUGUUUCCUGCUGCUCGGCUUUAAUUUCUACGAGAGCGACGGCUGUCACGGCAGCUUUCCAUCAGAGCAGAACAAUAGCCUGGCAGCCAGAGCAGAGAGCCGGGACUCGGCAUUUAUACCUUCCUACAGCAUCGCUGCGUGACUCUAACAGUGUGUCCCAUUUGUACAUCAAUUUUUGCUCCACGCGGGAAACGUGCAGCUCAGAUGUAAGGAGCUCCAAAGAGGACAGAUAUUUCAGUGAUGGUAUCACAAGCACUAAGGUAUGACCCUAAUGAAGAAUUGGUACGGCUGAUUUCUCAACUACAGCAGACUACGGGAAUGUUCUGUAAUAAAGAGGCAGCUCCUAAGCUGAAAAUUAGUCCCCACCCUCAGAGAAGAUUGCUCUAAGCUACCUUCAAACUGGACACCUAUUACUUAUGCUUCCACUAGCUGAGGAACCAUUACUUUAUUCUACUAAAGGUGGCACCAGCAGGCGUGAAGCGAAUUCUCCCCACAUCCCUCUCCCGUAGCGAACCCCGCACCCUUUUGCUCUCCCAGUCUUAUGUCCCCGUAGCACCGAUAGCCAUUCCCUGCCCACUCAUCCCCUGCUGCCAAGGCAUCUCCCUCCUGGCUUGCAACACCCCUUGCUCUUCUGGGUCUGCACGUGCAUACACCGAAGCACACACCCCUGCUAACAGAUCCCCGUCCUGUAUUGCCACAUCCCCCUUGUUCCAAAUCUGACCACGGGACAAGACAUUGCCACUUGAUCCUCGGCCCUGCACUCCUCUUCCCAAAACUGGCUCCUCCUGGAAAUCAUCUUA